UGUGGACUCCACCCUCUAGUAGAGUGAAGCCCCGAGGCAGGGAACGGCACAGUUUUUAUAGGUUGUUUAAACAGAGACGUUCAAGGGGGUCAACAUGUUCUUAACCAGUUGCAAAAUAUUUUUCAUAACUCAGCUAUCUUGUCAGGUUAGGACAUUUUGUGGUUACAGGGGGGCACCUGGCACCACCCGUUUCUGAGAAGCGAUGAAGCAAGUUUACAGAAGCAGAACGAGCAGUUACAAACGACAUCUUUACGGGAAUUCCAGCACUCUCUAAGGGGAGGGGUAUGAGGGGAGUUUACUCACAGGCCAAGAUGGCGUUUCUUAGGUUUACUUUGGGCUCACAGUAGGAGGCUCCAUUUCAGCAGUCAGGCUGGCUGUGAAGCUUGGUAGGAGAACCUUUCGUUGAAGCUCUGAAUGAAUGUUUUGUGUUUUUUUUUGUACCAGGGAUCGAACUCAGGACCUUGUAUUUGUGAGGCAGGCGGCGGCACCACUGAGCUAAAUCCCUGGCCAUGAUCGCAGGUUUUUGUUCUACCACCGGACAAAGGAGAUUUCAAGUGGAUCAAAUAUAUACUUAUUUCCCAUUUCGAUUGCUUUCCAGGGUAUUUCUGUCAAAUAUCCAGUUUCUUUAUAAAGUUAACAAUCAUAUCCAUUAUUGAGAUCCGUUCAUUUUCUUCUCUGAAAAUGGGUCAAUUGAUAGCUGAGGUCUGAGGCAGCCGUGGUGGCCAUGGAAACAACAGCCUGAGGCCCAGAUGGAGAAGUGUGACGUCUGGCAGUCCCCACUGUUCCUGUCCUGUCUGAGGUCAGGACUUGUCUCCAUGGGGCACUGAGUCAGUAAUUCCCUGGGCUUACUUGCCACCACUUCAAGGAGAUGUAACAGGAAGGGUCCUCUGACUACACGAAGAAGGCAGGGCCCACUCUGGACAGCCAGGAGCGAGUUCAGCUUAAAUACAACUGCCCCAGAGGCUGUGCCAGGUCCCCCUGUCCCUUGAGGAGACCUGAACUGGGAAAGGCUGGGGCUGGAAACUGCCCCAGGCUCCUGCAGCAAGGCAAGUAAUCCCUUUCCUGUCACUAAGGGGGCAGAGGGCGGGAUCCGCCGCAGUAGCCAAUCCGAGGCGCGCGCCGGCGUUGAGACGUGCGCUGGUGGGAGGAGCCGCUCCAGCUCGUGGCGUCUUUGAUCCGCGUUCGCGAGUUGAGGUCCGUUUCCUCCACCUGUGCGCUGUGGGAAGCCCAGGAGACUCCGCACUGGAAAUGGAGUCAGUGACCUUUGAGGAUGUGGCUGUGAACUUCACCCAGGACGAGUGGGCUUUGCUGGAUCUUUUCCAGAAGAAUCUCUACAGAGCUGUGAUGCAGGAAACCUUCAGGAACUUGGUCUCUGUAGGAUACAAAUGGGGAGAGCAAGGAAGUAAAGAUGAAUACAAAAAUCCUGGGAAGUCUUUACGAGGUCAGAUUGUGCACAGUGAAUAUAAAGAGGAAGGCAGUCAGUGUGGAAAAAUCUUCAGAUCUUUGAAUCAUCAGUCUCCAGAUCAGACUUUAAAUAAGAAACCUGGAAUAUGUCCAUGUGGAAGCCAUGUGUGUAUGGAAGUCCUCAUUGGGUGUUCAUCCCAAAAUGUGCCUCUCAGGCCUCAUAAUGAGUACAAACCAUAUAAGAAUCAAGGACAUGUAGAGAAGCCAUGUAAAUACAAGCAACAUGAAGAACCCUUCCCCCUUCCCCAGUCCUUUCAGAAGUUUGAAAAAACAUAUACUGGAGAGAAACUGCAUGAAUGUAAACAAUGUGAGAAAGCCUUCAGAUAUUCCAGUUACCUAAAAAACCAUGAAAAAAUUCACACUGGAGACAAACCCUGUGUGUGUAAGCAAUGUGGUAAAACCCUCAGUCACUUUUAUGCUCUUCAUGUACAUGAAAAAACUCACACUGGUGAGAAAUCCUGUCAGUGUGAGCAGUGUGGGAAAGCAUUCUCCUGUUACACUUCCCUUUAUCUGCACAGAAGAAUUCACACUGGAGAGAAACCUUAUAAAUGUAAAGAAUGUGGGAAGGCCUUCAGGUACUCAGGUGCUCUUCAUGUACAUGAAAGAACUCAUACUGGUGAGAAGCCCUAUGUGUGCCAGGAAUGUGGAAAAACAUUUGCAUGUUGUACUUCCCUUCAACUGCACAGAAGAAUUCACACUGGAGAGAAACCUUACGAAUGUAAAGUAUGUGGGAAGGCCUUCAGGACCUCAGGUGCUCUUCAUGUACAUGAAAGAACUCACACUGGUGAGAAGCCCUAUGUGUGCCAGGAAUGUGGAAAAACAUUUGCACGUUGCACUUCCCUUCGACUGCACAGAAGAAUUCAUACUGGAGAGAAACCUUAUGAAUGUAAAGUAUGUGGGAAGGCCUUCAGGUCCUCAGGUGCUCUUCAUGUACAUGAAAGAACUCACACUGGUGAGAAGCCCUAUGUGUGCCAGGAAUGUGGAAAAACAUUUGCAUGUUGUACUUCCCUUCAACUGCACAGAAGAAUUCACACUGGAGAGAAACCUUAUGAAUGUAAAGUAUGUGGGAAGGCCUUCAGGUCCUCAGGUGCUCUUCAUGUACAUGAAAGAACUCAUACUGGUGAGAAGCCCUAUGUGUGCCAGGAAUGUGGAAAAACAUUCAGAUGUUGUACUUACCUUCAACUGCACAGAAGAAUUCAUACUGGAGAGAAACCUUAUGAAUGUAAAGUAUGUGGGAAGGCCUUCAGGUCCUCAAGUGCUCUUCGUGUACAUGAAAGAACUCACACUGGUGAGAAGCCCUAUGUGUGCCAGGAAUGUGGAAAAACAUUCAGAUGUUGUACUUCACUUCAGCUGCACAGAAGAAUUCAUACUGGAGAGAAACCAUAUGAAUGCAGGGAAUGUAAAAGAGCUUUUAGAAGCACUAGUAGUUUGCAGAAACAUAAAAGAACUCACAAUAGAGAGAAACCUUAUGAAUGUAAACAAUGUGGGAAAGCCUGUAGAUGUCCCAUGUAAGUUAAGGUACAUGGGAGAAUUCAUACUGGAGAGAAACUUUAUGAAUGUCCCUAUUGUGGGAAAACCUUUACUUUAGUUCCUUUAUACUGCACAAAUGACUCCACACUGGAGACAGUCCUUAUAAAUGCAAGCAAUGUGGGAAAGCCUUCAGUUGUUCCAGUCAUCUUCACAGACAUGAAAUGGCUCACUAGAUAGAAACCCUAUGCAUAUAAACAGGCAAAGCCUUCAUCAUUCUCAUACACUUCAAAUGCAUGAAAGGGUCCACACUUUAGAGAAGACACAUAAAGCUAAGCAGUGUGGGAGAAUUAUUCAUAAUGUUCCAGUUCCCUUCAAGUACACACAAGAGAGACCUCUGUAAGUAAUGUCCUAGUUGUAACAGUGGCAGGAAAAGAGCAGAGACCUCCUAUAGCAGUCCUUGUACAAAUAAGUAAGCUGUUUAUUCAUUCACAUGUGAGCACACAAGGGGGCUGUCUCUAGAUAGGCAAUUCAGCAGGGAGUGAGGUGAGAACAAAUCUUUAAAGAGGAGGGAGUUUUUGCCCUGAGGAAUUUGGAGGGGGGGACAAAGUGAGGUCACACAUCUUCAGAAAGAUGGUGGUUGUAGAUGUUAUCAGGCUUCCUGGAACUGAAGUGGCUCGAACAUGAUUUACUGUCUUCAUUCACAUUUGCUGCUGAGACUUGAUUUUGCCCAGGCUACACUUGGCACCAUACUCCUGCCCAUAUGGUCGCCAUGAAGUUGAUUUGUACUGUGGUCCACACAGGACCUUACCACCAGGAGUGACACUGUUGUUCAAUUUUUCUAGUACUCUUCAAGUAAUUGAAAGAAUUCAUACUGGGCAAAAACCCCACAUGCAUGAGCAAUGUGGAAAAACAUUCAUUUGAUCCUCUUGAAGAUAGGAAUUCACAUGAAUGAGAUAGCUUCUAUAUGUAAGCAAUAAGGAAAAUCCUUCAGAUGUUCAGUUUCCUUUAAAACAUGAAUAAAGUUGGGUGAGAAUACCUUAGGUACAUAAAGAAAAGCCUUAACUCAUUCUACUUCUCUUUGAAUACAUUCUACUUGGGCUCAAUACAUUAAAAACACUAAACAGAAUGGCAAAGCUUUCAUUAUAUCACCUAUCUAAAAUGUCCGAGAAUGCAUUGUGGAGAGGAUUGGAAUCACUAUAGGGUAUGGGAAACUUACUCAUCUAGGUUUUAUUUACAGAUUUAAAUGCAUAGAGUAUGUAGAGGAUUCCCUUAAAUGUAAUACUUGUUCAAAAGACUUCAGUUGGCCCUCAUGGAAGAAUUAACACUGGAUAAAAUCCUCUGUCAAAAAUAUAAAUUGGCAGUUACAACAAAGACUUUAAAAGAGCAGUGAAAAUUCAUGAUCCUGUGAAAUCCUAUGUAUGUAAAUAAUAAGGUAUGAAGAGACUGAUGAAAAGUAAUUUG